UGGCAUGGAUAAUAUCGCAUGCGGUGGCGAUACUGGCGUCUUUGCACACGGAGAGAAUGCCUUGGAGUUGGUUUUAAUGAACAGGCUAGGUGCUGAUUGGAGAAAAGUCUUGAAAUGGGCGACACUGGGGGGCUGGGAGUGCAUCAGAUCUAUGAAAUGGGAAGGACGCAAGGGAGAGGCUAGGUUUGCCAAAGUACGCGAUCUCAGGGAGGACCCAAGGAUUGUUGGCGAUAACGAGGUUCCUUUUGGGGCUGUGGCAAGAGGCUUCAUUGGCGAUAUUAUCGCGACCUCGGGGAAUUUUGAGAGUGACUUUGAAAGCGCGGUGUCCGCGGAUAACAUCCAGUUUGUUAUGAAGGGCGGUAAAGUAUACAAACGGGACGGUAGACCACUUUUGUAGGACCGGCUGACGGGAGCAAUCUCAUCUGAGUAGACUAGGAACAAGCGUGCUGAUGGGUAAUGUAGUGCGAUGUAAUACUGAUGACACUGAAGUGGCUGUCAUACUAUACAAGCAACUUUCCAAGGGAACGCU